AGACAUGCUCCCUUAUACAAAGAAAACAGAUAAAAAUACUGAAGAGAAGCAAAGAGAGCUUCUGCAUGGCCCUGAAAGUCACCUGCAAUCAUCACUAGAAUCAGGAAGGUCAGCACUUCAAGAUGGUCCCACACAUCAAAUAAAAUCAGUUCAGAGCAGUUAUAGAAUAUCAAAACUAGUCAGAAACAAAUCAAAUAGUACAAACAAUUUCUGUCUUAUAUCAUCAUCCAAGAGAAACAGACCUGUCAGUGCUCCACCAGGUCAGCUAAGAUGUUUACAGUUUCCUUGCUCAAAAUUUCAUUUGGCUCAGAAGGCCUCUGAAGUGCUCCACCUUUUUAAGCGGCAUCCUUGGAUACUCAGAGUAACUGCUUUUAAGAAUGGUUCACUAAGCGUAUUUGCUAAAGUUGCAGUGGCACCUUCCAUUAAGCUGCUGCUGGAGGAAUGCACUGAAAAGCUGAAGCUGAAUACGGCUGCACGACGAGUCUUUCUGGCAGACGGCACCGAAGCACUGGAUGCCACAGACAUUCCCCAUGAUGCUGACGUUUAUAUUUCAACAGGAGAGCCCUUUUCAAAUCCAUUCAAAAAAAUUAAAGACCAUCUGUUGUUAAUGAAGAACACAACUUGGACACUGAAUGGUAUAGUCCUUCCUAGAGAUGUUAGGAGGAGAAAAGUCAAGCCUGUGCUUUCCAAACGCAUGAAGAAACUUGCUGUGAAGCCAAGUAUCAGAGUUUUGGUAUUUAAGAACUGCACGGGGCAAGAUGGUUAUAAAAUAACAGCACCCUUGGAUCACAUGGAAAAGUUCUUAGAUAUGUGUACCAUACGACUGAACCUUACUUUGCCUGCUAAGUAUGUAUAUAGUAUAUAUGGAGAAAAAAUUGAAGAUCUCAUAAAUGUUCCUUUGCUUGACAAAUGCCUGCAAAAUUCCAUCACACCUUUACAUGGACCUCUUUGGGUCUCUAAGGGAGAAGGUUUCAGCCCCUUUGGAGCAAAGAUGUAUAUCCAAGGAGUACUGUUGGCCUUGCACCAACGAUUAAAGUCUGCAAAAAACUACUGCGAACAGCUGGAUUUUGCUCUUGAUGGCCUGAAAGAGAAAAUCACAGUCAAAGGCAUUCUGUCACUUAAAAAAGAGGAAUUGUAUAUAGAACAAGAUAAAGUGAACACAUUGAUUGAUGAAUUGCAGGCAGCUAUCAAGAGCUACAAAGGUCACCUCUUUAUACUUACCCCUCAGUUGCGGGCUGAACAGGAGCAAUGUGCCUCUUACAUCUACAAACAUAUUAAAGAAUUUCCUGCAAACACAGUUCUUCCACAAGGUCUGCAGCUAAAGGUAUAUGAAAAUGGCACAGACACUGGAGAGACUCUUAUUUAUAUCAACAAAAAGGAAAUGGAAAGUAAUUAUGGUAAUCAACUCAGUGCUGUGUUAGAGAGAGUAUUGAACGUGAUUCACCAAAGGCUCCAACAUUCAGCCAAUUUCAAACCGUCAGGCCUCAGUUGUUUUCCUACUCGGCUUUUCAAUGAGAUUGGACAAGAAAUUAAAAACCCAUUUUUAUUGCAGAAUGAGCAAAGAAUUUGGGUUUCUUAUGGCGAAGAUUACAGGUCUCCCUUAAACCCUGUUCUCAGCUUGACCUUUGACAAAGUGGCUACCGCUGAGAAAGACGGCAUCACAGUUAUUUAUAAGGCACCUUUGGAUUCUGCUGUUGAUCUACUGCCUGGAUGUGACAACUGGGAAAUUUGUGUAGGAAUUCCGGACAACUUGCAAUUCACACACCACCUAGAAAACCAUAGUUUGGAAACUGUGGAUCCAGAUAGUCAUUUUAUACAGUACAAGAAUGAUCCUCAGAUGGUUCUUCUAAUGUCCGUUACCAUGGAAAAAGUGAGGAAAACCCUUCAUAGAAGAAAAGACCAUUGUGAUCUAAUGUCUGCUUCAGCUCUCUGGCCUCUUUCUAAUAUAUGGCUGAUCACAAAGGAUGGAAUGAUUCUAAGUCGAGCUAUAGUAAAAAGCAGUCUGGCUGUUGGUCUUCCAAUCAGAGCUGUGAUGCAAGAUAGUAUUCCUCUUGAAGGCUAUAAAGUAAAUCUACAGAAAAGAGAUAAAAACAACAUAUAUCAGUACUGGGAAUUUGGAAAUGAUGGCUGCAUCCAUUCUAAGGCAUAUCCCAAGUUUGUAUUGACCUACCUAGAGGAGUUAAAUGUAAAAGAGGAGGUGACCCAGAUGGAAUACCAUACACACCAUGGGGCCCAGUCUGCAAUUCAUUUAGAGACUGACAGCAAUUCUGCAGAAGAGGUCACUGUACUGAGCCAGAGGCAGGUUCUACAAAAAAAUGCCAGCAACUGCAAUGAGAAACAACUUUCAGGACCUUUGGACGCCCAUUUAAGGCCUGUAGGCCCCUUAGGGGAGAAUAGGCAGCUGACAGUAGCACUGGUGAGGAAGCUGGAAGAGAAACAUCCUAAGGCCUCUGCUCAAAGAUGGGCCAUUAAACAUGAAGGGACAAGUAAGCCUGGUCAGUGGAAACAAUCAAAAGUGGACAAUCCUUUAUGGAAUAAAUUGACAUAUAUGUGGCCUCUGCUUUCGAAUGGAGAACUUAAUGAGGCUUUUGACUGGCCCAUUGAAGGGAUGCUUAUUCCAAAUAGCCCUCCUUUAAAGAAACCUGCAGGCAGGAAGUCAUACACCUGCAUGCCUGUCAGACUGAGAGUGCUGAGAAAUGGAGAACAAGACAAAAGCAAGGCUGUCACUAUUAUUGGACCUGAUUUUACAACUAUGAUGAAAAAACAGUGCACCAUGAUGCUAAAUUUGCCCUUUGCUGCUAGAAGGCUAUUUACUGGGAAAGGAUUAGAAAUCUUUUUCUUGAAAGACUUGGAGAGAGAUCAGUUGGUUUAUGUUUCAUGUGGAGAACAGUGGAUUGAUCCAUGUUUGAUCUUAGCCCAGAACAGGAAACUCCUCCAGUUGAGUCAUUUAAUGUCUGAUAUAACUGCUGUACGUGCCUACUGUGUCAUGAGUAACCCAAAAAACCUUGCUUUGGAGGUAAAGAAUCACGUUGUUGGAGCCAAACUUUCUGUUGAAAGAACUGCAGUGGAUUUUGAAGGGGAAACAGUUUUUGAUGAGUUGGAGGAAAAACAAACUCAAGAAAACACUAAAAAUAUUGAAGACAAAACAGAUGAAUGUGUGAAUUCUCAUGCAAAGUCCCAUCUGAAAGCUGAUAAAUAUUGUACAGCGCCAAAAUAUAAUUGGCAGCAAAAUUCCUGUGCUUUUGAGGAGGACAGCAGCUUCCAGAAGGAGAAAGAUGAACAGUUCUUUGAAAGUGCUGAAUUAUAUAAAUACAGGCAUCAACAUAAACUGACUAAAGAACUGCAGAAAUUUGAAUUUAAAAGUGGGAAAAUUAUCAGUUGUAGUUUUCCAAAUCUUGUUUUGGGUAUGAAGAAUUCUGACCUCCAUUCUGGUACUGAAGUGGUUUUGUUGGAAAAGAAAUGUGAAGACAUCAAUCAAUACUGGAUAUGGAGAGAGGACAGCAGAACAUUUCAUCUAAUGACUGACCCCAAUCUAGUGUUAGCAGUAUCAAUGCCCAACAUUCUGAAUGGCUAUCCAAAAUUUCCAUUAAAAAUGGAAGGAUGUGCUGUUAUCACUCAGAAAUAUAAAGGAUGUAUGAAUGGUGCUGCCAAUCAAAAGUGGAAUUACAUGGAAACAACAAAGGUUUUUAAUGCCUUUUAUAGCACAAUAUUGGACCAAGAAAUCACAGCAGCAAAUUUUGCUUCUAUUUGUACAUUCUGUGUGACUAGCACAGAGAAAAUAGAUCAACCUGGCUACUAUUUUCUUUCACCAGAUAAGAAGAAAAAAGUAAUGAUAUGCUUGGCUUGUGCAAGGGCCAAUAGUGGAAAGAAAGAAUUGAGAAAGCUGUCCCCUGGUACUGUGUUCUUCUGUGCAUCUGGUUCUGAGGAAGCAGAUAGUUUUUCUAUGCAGUCCUUUAAGUGUCUUAAUGUUAAGAAGACUAAUUUGUCCACAUUUGAAGCUGAAGCCACCUUGCAUUAUUUAGAAGAACUUCUGGAAUCUUUGAGAACAGAAACCUCAUCACAAACUCUCUCAGAAAAGAUGUCUCUAGCUGUGAACCAGAAAGCAGUGAAAAUAAUUGCAUACAGAAAUGGAACUGGUUACCGAAAUGGGCAGCUAAUCAUUGCUAGUACAUUCCCUAUGCUGCUGUCUUUAUGUACAAAACAACUGGAACUCAACAGGACAGCUUGUAGGCUGUACACCAGUGAGGGAACAUUAAUCCUCACACUGCAGGAUUUAGUCUUGAGGGCUGUAAAUGAUUUUUUCAGAAAGCAGGAAUCCAAAGAAAGUGCCAUAUCUGGUCCUGAUCCUGAAGGAAAUGUAUCUGCAUUGCUUGUAAAAGAUAAGCCAGCAGGGGAAAUGAACAUCAAGUGCACAUCAUCAGUGAUGACUCCAGAUGGUUUGAUUGAUGAUAAUUUGCUCGCCAUCGUUCUUAGAAAUCCUAUUGAGGUCUGGGUUUCCAGUGGAGAACCUUUUCUGCCUUUGGAUACUUUGCAAAAUGCAGAAAGGCAAGAGCGACAAAACUGGUUGGAAAAAGAUAAAAUUCUGGCAGACUUAGACACAAUGAAACACAAAAUGAGACAACUACAAGGGAGGCGCAUAACAAAAUUUCAGCCAGCUAGUAUGGUGCCCACUAAGAGUCCCCUACAUCCUGUGGUAAUAGAAGGAGGCUGGACUGAAGAAACUCAAGAAGAGAUGAAGCUCAUGGAAAGUAUCCUUCAUACAGAGAUGCACCUUUCAGAGAUUCAAGCAUGCCAGUUCAAAAGAAACUCUACUUUUUCUCCUAAACUGCUUGGGAAAGGUCACAGAAGUCUCUACAACCAGCCUACAACCAAAAGGGUGUGGGUUUACAUGAAUGGAUGUAGUCCUGAGCAAGGAGUCCAUGUCUGGGGGAAAACAAUGGCAGAGCUACUUGAGAUCUGUACAGCUCAGCUAAAAAUGCCACAGCCUGCAAAGACUCUGUACACACCUGAUGGUGACCAACUGCAGUCAUGGGAUGAAAUAGAAAGAGACAUGGUGCUUUGUGUUUCCACAGGACAGCCCUUUAUGAGCAGAAAAGCCAUGAAGCAUGAUGUGGAUGUUAGAGCUCUGUAUGCCAGAAUUCAGAAGCAGCAAGGUCCAGAAGCAACUGACAUUAUUGUCUCACCUUCACAAAAAAUUAUAGAACAGGUGCAUAUGAAUAGCUCUUUUCAGGCUUUUACUUGCAGAACAGAUCAGCAUUCCAGUGACUCGAAAGAAGAAAAUUCUUUGGCCAUCAGUGAAUAUUUCCAGAAAAAUGAAAAGCCUCCUUCAGUUUUAAUUUAAUUGCUAUUACGUAAGUUGAAUAGAUUUUUGCAGACAUUUUAUCAGCACAUCCACUUUAGUGAAUGUAAAAUUUUCUGCAAGAAAAUUGCACUGGAUUGACUUUCUUUUGACUGCUCUACAAUGUAUUGGUGUGAGAAUUCAGUAUCUGGGCAAUACUUUUGAGUGUGUUGGAAAUGCUAGCUAAGAGUGAAGUAUUACUAUAUUUAAGAAAAGAAUAAGUGAGAUUACAUUCUCAGUAUUGGUUUGCAAGCUACACGAAGUAGAAGUAAAAUUAAAUUACAAUAUGAAGAAAAAAGAUAAGUAAUGGAAAAUAAUUUUUAGUGCCUCUGAAAUUGUAUGUUAUAACUUAAAUUAGAAAUCAGAAACGCUGAUAUGUAUUUUUGAGAGUUGC